UCCUUACUGAGGAGUUGGCAGCCGAUCUGCGCGGCGCACAGAGCGGCGUGGAAGUCGCUCCGCGGUCUGACCCCGUUUGGUCAGUGAAGCGUUUCCUCGCCAGACUCUUUGGUCGGCAGCAGGAACGCAUGCGAGGCUUGUGAGAGGAAUGGCUACAUCAACGGGCCCCGAUCCGGCUGCUGACGAGAGCAGCGAUCGUCCGGCGAAGCGACCGAGACUGGACAGCAACGGCGAGGUCAGUCGCGGACACAGACACAUAGCCGCGGUGAUCCUGGCCCGGGGCGGCAGUAAGGGCAUUCCGCUGAAGAACAUCAAGAUGCUCGCUGGAGUGCCGCUGAUCGGAUGGGUUGUAAGAGCGGCUGUGGACUCUAAGGUGUUUGACAGCGUCUGGGUGUCCACGGACCACGACGACAUUGAGAGCGUGGCAAAGAAGUGUGGGGCUCGAGUGCACAGGAGGAGUGCAGCAGUGUCCAAAGACACGUCGACGUCUCUGGAAACUCUUCAGGAGUUCUCUAAACUUAACCCGGAUGUGGACGUCAUCUGUAACAUCCAAGCGACAUCUCCAUGUCUUCACCCACACCACUUGAAAGAGGCUGUGGAGAUGAUUACCAAGCAUGGCUACCAGUCUGUUUUCUCAGUUGUCCGCCGACAUCACUUCCGCUGGCAGGAGGUUAAGAAUGGAGUCACCAGCACUACAGCUCUGAACCUGAACCCAGCCCAGAGACCCCGCCGUCAAGACUGGGAUGGAGAGCUAUGUGAGAAUGGAUCCUUUUAUUUUGCCACCAAAGAGCUUAUAGGCCAAGGAAUCUUGCAGGGCGGAAAGACGGCGUACUUUGAGAUGCAGCCGGAGUACAGCGUUGAUAUUGACGUUGAUAUAGAUUGGCCUGUGGCGGAGCAAAGAGUUCUGAGGUACGGUUACUUUGGCAAAGACAAGCCGGAGCUGCUGAGGCUUCUUCUGUGCAACGUGUCCGGGUGUCUGACUGAUGGCCAAGUCUAUAUGUCUGCGGGGGCAGAGGAGAUGUUGUCCGUUAAUAGCAGAGAUUUGACUGGCAUCAGCAUGUUAAAGAAAUGGGGAAUGGAGGUGAUCCUUAUAUCCUCCAGUGAGAACCCAGUGCCAAAGCCCCUCGCAGACAAACUAUCGCAGAAGACAGGCUGUGAGUUGGUGCAUUUAACAGAGCAAAAGCAAGUGGAGGUGGAGAGACUGAUGAUGAAGAAGAAGCUAGCGUGGGAAGAGGUGGCCUACCUAGGAAACGAUGUGCCGGAUGUGGGCUGCCUGAACCUGGCCGGUCUGGGUGCAGUGCCCUUGGAUGCCCCUAUGGUGGCACUAAACGCAGCCAAGUACACCUGCCAGAACCCGGCGGGCCGUGGAGCAGUCAGGGAUUUCAUCGAGCACAUCCUGCGACUGAAAGAGAGAGUCUCAGUUGAAGUAGAGCCACCAUGUAGCAAUCUGACCGAACUCAACAGUGACCAAAAAUCCGAACACUAAUUUGGGGUCGCCACAGCGGAUCAUCUGCCUCCAUCUCGCCCUAUCUACUGCCUCCUCUACUUUCA